AUGGUUGACAAUGAUAUUCAUCCUGAAAUUAUUGAACUUGCUAAACAAUUCUUCCAAUCUUCAGUUAUCAAUGCCAAGUUAAAGUUAUGUGAGGGAGCAGAGGAAAUGCUUUCAUUCGUUCACAGAGAUUUACAUUUCAAUAAUAUUAUUCAAUUCGACCAUGUCAGUGUUAAACUCGUUGAUUGGCAAUGCUGUGGAUUGGGUAAUCCUCUAUUUGAUGUAUUUUACAUGAUAUGUUUCACAUCUGAUUUGAAUACAGUUGAAUCUGUCGAGAAGGAAUAUUUGGACAAUUACUAUAUUUGCAUUUGCAAGGAAUUGGAGCAAUGA